GGACACGCACACAAACACACAAUAUCAAAUUAUUUGUUUUCCUUUCAAGAUAUCCGAAAAUUGAAUUAAAAAAACAUCGCCAAGAUAGUGUUGAAACGCAGGCGACGCUUUAGAUUGUCAGGACCUGGAGCGGUAGGAUACAGCAGAACCAACAACGACAUGUACCAACAGCACAUGGAUCUGCAUGCCCCGGUGGACCUUAAUAAGUCCCUGGACGACAUGACGCCGGAGGAGCGCAUGCGGGCCGAACAUCAGCUGAUGGUGGAAAAGCACAGGGGCCACGAUGCAAUGCACUCGGAAAUGGUGAUCAUACUCUUUGUAACCGUGGUGAUUGCCCAGGUCAUACUGGUGGAGUGGAAGAAGCGCCACUAUAGCUCCUAUUCACUCAUCACCCUGCUGGCCAUGUGGAUUAUACCCUUUACGAUCUCAUGCUUCUUUGGCUGGAUACGUUUCAUUGUAAUCUGGGUGAUAUUCACAAUCAUUACGGCGCUGGUUAUGCGCCGUGCGAUAAGCAAGCCCAUCCAAGGCACAACGCCCAGACUCGUCUACAAAUGGUUCUACUUCAUCUACAAGCUAAGCUAUGGCCUCGGCUUGGUUGGCUACCUCGUGAUCAUGGCCGCCUUCAUGGGCAUGAACUAUCUGUUCUCACAGCUGCCCAAUGUCUGGAUGGAUGUGGGCCUUAUGUUCUGUUUCUAUGGCCUCUAUAUUGGUGUGCUUGGUCGCGACAUAUCCGAAAUAUGCUCGGACAAAAUGGCAGCAGCCAUUGGCUACUAUGCCCCGCAGGGUAUACCCACGCGACACUUGGAGCAGAAUGUGUGCGCCGUGUGCGGCAAUCAGUUGCUGGUUUCCGAAAAGGAGGAGGGCGUCAUUGAGAACACAUACAAAUUGUCCUGCAAUCAUGUAUUCCACGAGUUCUGCAUACGGGGGUGGUGUAUUGUCGGCAAGAAGCAGACGUGUCCCUACUGCAAGGAAAAAGUUGAUCUACAGAAAAUGUUCCGCAAUCCAUGGGAGAAACCGCAUGUAUUGUAUGGCCGUUUGCUGGACUGGAUCCGCUGGCUGGUGGCCUGGCAGCCGCUCAUCUUCUUUAUAGUUUUAGGCAUCAAUUGGGUGCUGGGAUUGGAAUAAGUCAAGCAGCAGCAGCGCCUUAACAUGAUAGCUCUUUGCCUCAGCGUUCCGCAGCGUCUAGUCAAGCAGCACAGACACACACACACACACACACACACACACGCACGACUCGCACACACCACAGAUUAAGGAUCCAAACAAAAAAAAAAAAAGCAACCAAAACAGAGACCAAUUGUAGGGGGGCGGAGCACAGAAGGCACGCUCUUCAUGCCCAUUCAUUCCCCAUAAGCAUACCACACAUUGCACCGAAAACACACACUAUAGGGAACUAUUUUGCUUUUUGCAACGUUCGGACGGAUGGCUGGACAUCCGGAUGUCGUAUACCCAGACACCACUACGUUGCACCCCUGUCGUAGCGUGCAUCAUUUCCAUUAUGCAGUGUUUUAAAAUGUAAACGUUAUUGCAAUUUUAGAUAUAUAUGAGAUAUAUAUAUAUAUAUAUAUAUUAUAUACUUAGCCUGUAUGCAUCUGUGUACAUAUAUGUAUGUGUGUG